UCCGGAAUGCUGAAUUGGCCGAUGGCGACGACGAUCCCAGACUUGAUCCGGGUGACCGAAGCGGUGCUGGAUCAUGAUGAAGCCGUGGCCCACGUAACGCAUGCGAGUGCUGGCGGCAUCUCGUCCUUCAUUGGAACGACGCGCGACACCUUUCAAGGCAAGAAGGUCGUACACCUCGAGUACGAAGGAUACGUCCCAAUGGCGGAGAAGGAACUCCGCGCGAUAUGCACGUCGAUUCGGACAUCGUGGCCGGGAGUCGUGGGAAUCGCAUUACUUCAUCGGCUGGGCGUGGUCGCGGUCAAGGAAGCGAGUGUUGUGAUUGCAGUCUCAUCACCGCAUCGACGUGAGGCCCUCGAAGCAGUGGCAUUCGCCAUCGACACUCUUAAAGCUCGCGUUCCAAUAUGGAAGCUCGAAAAGUACGAAGGAGACGAUCGCAUGUGGAAAGAAAAUCCAGAAUGGCGGCAGACGAUGGUGCCGAUCUCGGCGCUUCUGUCUCAAGCGAAAUCAACUGGCCACAACCUGGCAACGUAGUUCGCACAGACUGUAAGACGUGUAAAUAGUGCUAGAUCUCUUCGAA